AUGGAUCACGCUACCCCAUCAACCAGUCAAACUAAUACUGAGUGUCCAUUGGCUGUGUAUACCGGUGAUGUCUUCGAAAGGAUUAUGAGACCCAGGCAGCUGACAAGCUGGGAGCAAGUCAGAGAAGCUGUCGAUCUGUUGCAAAAGAUGACUUGGACACAUUAUGUAGUACGUGAAAGCAGGCUGAACAAAGAAAAGCCAGAAAUUCGCUACGAGUAUGUAGUGUAUGUAUGUUCUUUUGGUCAUAAAAAGAAGCCGGAGGGCCGUGGUGAGAGAGUAAAAGGAUCAAAGUUUAGUGGUUGCAAGGCUAUGUUUCGUUUACGGUAUGAUGUGAACCGGUUCGUCAUAUCGUCGUCGAGGAUGAUGCAUAACCAUCCUUGUGAUGAAAAGUGUUUGAAAAGUGAUCCGUGGUUCCGAAGAUUAAAUGAAGAUCAGUUGAAGGUUGUUCGGCCGAUGGUUGAGACUGGGAGUAAUGCAAAUUCAAUAGUUAAGUAUGCCAAAGACCACUUUGGAAAGACAAUAACGGUGCCAUAUGUUAAUAAUUUAAAAUAUAAAGUUGCCGAACGCUGUGGAAGCUUAAACGACGUAAUUGCAACGUUACGGAACAGUGGAAAAGUAUUCGUUUCUUAUGGGGGCGUGGCUAACCAGGUUAUAAAGAUAGCAUUUAGCACGCACGAGCAAAUUGAAACGUACAAACGGUUCCCUGAAGUUGUGUGUUUGGAUUCAACAUACAAGACGAACAGGGGAAAUUAUAAACUCUUUCAGCUGGUUUGUACAGAUGACUGCGGACAUGGAGUCCCAGUUAUGUUUGCUUGGACCAAGGAAGAGAAGGUUGAUAUGGUAUGGAUACUGGAUCAUUUUAAAAAGAUCAUGAAUGGAACCAGUCAAACGGAAACGUUUGUGAUGGACUGUGCAAGAUCCAUCAUAUCCGCUGUUGAAUUAACGCACCGUACUGCCCACAUAGCUUUAUGCUCUUUCCACGUGUGUAGAGCUAUUUGUAAGAAGACCCGCGAUCCAAUAAUCAAGCAGUACUUAUGUCAACUGGUGCGCGAACAAACAGUAGUUAAGUUUCACCAGAUACGUCGAAUAAUCAGUGUUCGCAGCAGACGCAUCGCAACUUAUUUAAACAAGAACUGGAUGAGUAGGAAAGGAACUUGGGCCGCAGCUUUCAACGGCAAUGUCGUUACAUUGGGUAACAACAGCAACCACCGGGUUGAAAGUGCGCACAGACAACUGAAGAGGAAGUUGUCUAAUGGAGACGCGUUGAGUAAAUGUAUGUGGAAGACAUUUACAUGGCAGAAGCAAUUAGGCAAACGUAGGUCACUACAGUCCAGCUUACACUGUAGUCGCAAAAGUAGAUACGUAGCUGAAGACCGCUUAAUGCCUCUACUAAGCAAGCUAACCACCUAUGCUGGCUCUAUAGUCCUUAAAGACUAUAAAAAAAGGGGACUGAUGUACAUCAAGAAUAACCAGUCACCCUUUGUGUUCUUCGUAGACGGCCCUCUGUGUCCGGUAGUGCAUAUAAGCAACGGCACUUGCACUUGCCGUUUAUUUAAAACAUGUCGAAUUCCAUGUAAGCACAUGGUUUUUACUCAUCUACAAAUGCCAGAGUUCACAGUUGAUUUAGUUUUGAAGCUGUGUUGCAGAUGGACUUGGACAGCCUGUGGAGAUGCGGAUGUAAAUAUACCAGCUAUUUCGUCUCCAGAUUAUACUGAAACGAGCAGGCUGUAUCGCAUUCUACGCAGUAAAAUCCAUACACUCAGUACACUUUUCGGGCAGACGACGAUGCAGGACAUACUAAGGCAAUUGAUAGAUCAAGUUGAUGAAUUAAUACGCAUGAGGCGUUUGCCUACAGAUUCCGAUCAUAAUACUCAAUAA